AUGCACGUAAAGGUACCGACGCACUUCGCUACUGGAAACCUUAAAGAAUAUGCACUGAGCCAUGAGGGUUUGAUACUAACAGAGCCGUACCCAGAGGUUGGAAUUCAUGGGCAAAGAUCCGAGCCUGAGAAGCAGAGUCUCCCGCAGACCAGCAAAUCGCUUUUCGCGAGCCUUAAAGGCGAUUUACAGACAGCUUUAAGAUUCCAAGCCUGGAAAAAGAGACCCGAACACACAGCAGCCUCAGCCAGGGGUCAGGAGGUACUCGCUGGUGCCAGUGCCAGCGCCAGUGCCAGUGAUCCCACAGAUCGGUCUAGUACAGACGAUCCAUCAUUCCCAAAUGGCUCUUCUUUGAAGAAGAUACCACCGACUGAAUCCUCUGUACGCCCGCAGAAGGCUCCAUGCUCUGGACUUUUACAGGUUGCCAUAGACACAGACAGGUUCGCUGUACCCAUGACUGCGAGAUGCGUAUCCUGUUUCGAUGAAUUCUGCUUCGCAGAGAUGACCAAAAUGCUAUGCUCUCACAGCUAUUGCAACACUUGUUUGACUCAAAUGUUUCGAUACUCUGCGGUGGUUGAAUCUUUGUUUCCCCCUCGAUGCUGCCGCCUCCCUAUCCCGGUCGAGCAAGUCCAGAGCGUGAUAGGGCCGGAUCUCACGAAACUGCACAAGGAGAAAGCAAUCGAGCUCAAUGAUUCCAAUCGCACAUAUUGCUCGAACCAAAGAUGUCUGCGGUACAUUUUGCCAUACUUUAUCUCGAACGCCGUUGCCAUAUGCCAGUCUUGUUCCUUUCUUACAUGCGCUGUGUGCAAAAUGCCCCAGCAUACUGGUCAAUGCCGGGAUGUGAAUGAAGAGCUGUUGCUGGGUCUGGCGAAAAAGCAGAAGUGGCAACGGUGCCCAUCAUGCCAUUUGCUCGUGGAACUGUUGGAAGGAUGUCCCGCAAUA